CCCAAACACCUUUUUUCUACUUGCAACUCCCAAACUAAAAACGAAAACCCCCACUAAAGCCGCCAUGUUGGAAGCACCCCUUAACACUCGGAAACCCUCACCGGAAAGAUGGUUCAAUCGAGCUUACACCAUCGUUUACACCGCCGCCAUUUUUGCACUCGUAUAUCGCCAUUGUUAUAACCUAGUCUACCAUCCUUCCUUCACCACCAUUUUCCUACUGCUAGCAGAUGUUGUGUUAGCAUUGGUAUGGGCAACAUGGCAGGCUUAUCUCCUGAAUCCGAUCCAGCGGAAGGUUUUCCCGGAGAACCUGCCAAAGGUGGUAAAAGAGAGCGAUUACCCGGGGCUUGAUGUGGUGGUUUGUACGGCAGAUCCUUUCAGGGAACCACCAGUCAGGGUGAUUAACACCGCCUUGUCUGUGAUGGCUUAUGAAUAUCCAACGGAAAAGUUGUCGGUAUAUGUGUCGGACGAUGGAGGGUCGCAGCUUACUCUGUUUGCGUUCAUGGAGGCUGCCAAGUUUGCAAAACAUUGGUUGCCAUAUUGCAGGAAGUACGAUAUAAUGGACAGGUCUCCAGAAGUUUACUUCGGAAGUGAUUCAUUUUUCUUCCCUGAAGCAUAUCAAAUCAAGGUGAUGUAUGAGACCAUGAAAGCCAAAAUUGAGAAGGUUGUUGAUACUGGAACCGUUAGUCCUAAUCUAAUCACCGAUGAACGUUGGUUGAAAGCUCUUGAUAAAUGGACACCCACAUUCACACCACAAAAUCAUCCUGCAGUCGUUGAGGUUUUAUUAGAAAGUAAUGAAGACAAAGACAUUACGGGCCAUCCAUUGCCGAAUCUUAUCUAUGUUUCACGAGAGAAAAAUAAGUCUGUGCACCAUAAUUUUAAGGGUGGAGCCCUAAACAGUGUAAUUCGUGUGUCCGCGACAUUAACAGAUGCACCGAUCUUCUUAGUCCUAGAUUGUGACAUGUACUCAAACAACCCAAAAACGGCACUUUAUACUUUAUGUCAUUACUUGGAUCCUAAAGUUGACCCAAAUCUUGCCCUCGUUCAAUUUCCUCAAUGCUUCCAUGACAUUAACAAGGUCGACACUUAUGGUGCUGAACAUUUGCCUGAGAUACGAACGAUUCCUAUGGGAAUGGAUGGUAUUUGUGGGACGAUGUUUAUAGGGAGUGGUGGCUUCUUCAAACGACAAGCCCUACUUGGAAGUCCAGCUUCCAUUGGUCCUUCUAACAUCAAAGAAGCAAAAACACAUUGUCUUGGAAAUAAAUCGAUGAAAUCUGACGAUAUAUUAGCAGUAGCACACCGUGUUGCAGGUUGUCAGUAUGAGGAAAAUACCAAAUGGGGUUUAGAGAUGGGAUUUAGGUAUGGUUCAUUGGUAGAAGACAUUUAUACGAGCUUCAGACUGCAAUGUCAAGGAUGGACGUCUGUGUUCUGUGACCCAGAAAGACCAUCGUUCCUCGGGAACUCCCCAAUGGCGCUUAGUGAUCUCCUACUCCAAUCAAAAAGAUGGUUCGUAGGAUUUCUCGAAAUGGUAACGUCUAAACACAAUCCCAUAACAUAUGGGUUUAAGUAUAUGAAUCCUAUUCAUGCCUUAUGUUAUGCACACUAUAACUUUCGACCUUUUUGGGCUAUUCCAAUCGUCAUCUAUGCGUUCUUACCCCAACUAGCUCUUAUAAACUCUUACUCAAUAUUCCCAAAGGUUUCAGACACUUGGUUUCCAUUAUAUGCGUUUCUUUUCCUUGGAGCAUAUGCAAAAAGUCUUUUUGAAUUUCUGGUGGCUGGAGGAACGUUUGUAAAAUGGAGGAAUAGUACACGAAUGUGGUUGGCUUUGGGAUGUUCGAGUUACCCAUUUUCAAUGGUCGAUUGGGUGCUCAAGUCUCUUGGUUUGUCAACGAUGGAAUUCAAUGUUACCAGCAAGGUUUUGGAUGAUGAUCUGAAGAAGCGUUACGAGGCAGGUUUGUUUGAAUUUGGGGUUGAAUCGCCAUUAUUCUUGACGAUUUCAAUAGCAGCAGUUGUCAACUUAUUAGCUUUCUUGAUGGGUGCAAUACACGUUCUUAAGAACGGUGGAUUUGAAGAAUUAUUUGCACAAUUAUUCAUAGCUGGGUUUGGAGUGAUAAAUAGUUGGCCAAUAUAUGAAGCCAUGUUGUUGAGGAGUGACAAAGGAAAGAUGCCCAUGAUGACUACGUUGAAAGCACUUGGUGUCGCUUCGGUUGUUUAUUCCGUCUCAUCUUUGGCAUUUUGA